AAGCAAUAUGAUUUGCAGCGAUUAGCGCAGAUUGUCAAAGUAAUUCCAGUAGCAAUUGUAGUAAAGCCAACCGUCGUACUUCAUCAUGCAGAGCGAUGAAAAUAGCACAAUGUGGAAGAUGCAGAAAAAUACGAUGACAAUGUUCGCGGCAGAGAUUGUCGGUACAGGUGUUCUCGUAUUCUUCGGUUGUAUGGGGUGCAUUGGUGCCAUGGGGCCUGCACCACCUCCUCCACUGCAGACAGCAUUAACCUUUGGCUUGACGGUGAAUCUCAUAAUUAUGAUGUUAGGCCAUGUAAGUGGAGCUCAUGUUAAUCCAGCGGUCACUAUUGGUGCUGUCAUCAUUGGUCUGAAAUCAAUUCCGACAGGCGUAAUUUACAUCCUCGGCCAGUUUAUCGGCGCCACUAUAGGAUAUGGAAUUUUAAAAAUGAUAACACCAGCAGAAUUGUUCAAUGAUGGAAACCUGAAUUCGACUGCUGGUGUUUGUGUCACGGUUGUCCAUCCGGGAAUAAGCAGUCUGCAAGGUGUAUUAAUUGAGGUGUUUUGCACAAGUUGUUUACUUUGUGCAGCUUGCGCCACGUGGGACUCUCGAUGUGCUCAUACCACGGAUUCGACAGCCCUCAAAUUUGGUCUUUCAGUCGCUACUAUAUCCUUUGCUGCGAGUCCUUAUACUGGAUGUAGUAUGAAUCCAGCACGGUCAUUUGGUCCUGCAAUCUGGAACAGUGCUUGGAAAGAUCAAUGGAUUUAUUGGCUUGGUCCUAUCAUGGGAGCUUUGCUUGGAACAUAUGCCUAUCAAGUACUGUUUGCUGAAAAACAACCAAAGACGAGGAAAUCUAUUUGUUUAACUGAUGAGAAAUCAUUUGACAUUUUGCUGCAAUUGGACAAAGCAUGCAAUAUAUAAAUGACGUACAAGUUAAAUAAUUUUUUAGUUUAUAAAUAAAAAUAUAAUUAAUAUUACAAAUUA